UUUUAGGGCGCCAUCUUGGCACAUUUGGCGCAUCGACUCAGGCGCACCGCCAACUUCUAGAGCAGCAAGAACCCGCCCAACAGCGGCAUAAGCAUCAGCAGCAACAGCAGCGGCACGUGAGAGCCCAGGUGCAGCGUCUGCAGCACCAGCAGCAGCGACAAUUCCAACAGCGGCCACAUCCACAUUCCGGUCCCUCUUGGCGCUCCCACUGCGAGCGCUAUGAGUCUCUGUACGAGAGCGGCAUUUGGGAGGACACGGUGUUUUGGCAGGAGGGCGGCAUCACGGAGGGCCUUAUGGGCGCCGCCAUAGGCAACAUGAGCUUGAAUGGAGGCCGCUAUCGCCAAGUCGCGAUUUCAGCAGCGAUAGUGAAGGGGCGGCUGUAUCUCCCGGCGGAGGUGUAUCUCAACAUGAC